UUCCUAAUCUAAUGUGUGAUAGACCAACCCAUGCCGUCUCGGAAGAUGUCACUAUGUGUAUGAUGUUCCCCUGGCUGCGUGUUUCAGACACGUCUGUCUUCGUUUCUUUUGAUCUCUUUCGAGGGCUGUCAAGCGGUGAUGCACAGUGGCAUUGGUGCUUUCGUCUCCUUUCCUUCGUGGCUCCUGCUUAGAUUCGUCCCUCCUUGCACCAAGCUGUUGCAUUCGCUUCCCGAGUACAUUUUCAUUUUUCUCUUUGACCCUUUAUACAUCAUGCUUUCCAUCUCUUUGAUCUCCCAGCGAUUCAUAGCCUCUGACAUUUCCCCCUUUCUUAUCUUCCCCACUUCGGCCUUCAGUUUCUGUCUGUGUACAUACUCGGCUUUUCAUCGGUUUCUUCUUGUCUAUUAUAUCUGGAUGUCGUUCCGGCGACAGUUGCAUAUCUCUGGCGGAGGAGGAUUGUGAGGCGUAUGGCCGUGUGUCUUUCGGUGCGCAGGCGUGACGAAGGGGCGCAGGGUCCCUGUGAUAUGACCUUUUCCUACUACAUCUACUGGAUUACCAUUACCACCAAGCUUAGCGCAUACGCAGAGUGGUUUCCUAGAAUCUGGGACCCGUAACAUCUAAU